UGGUUAAGACUGCACACACACACACACACACACACACACAUACACACACACUCGGCUGUGCAAAGUGACUGAGCAGCCUGCCGCUUGGCCAAAAAGGUUGUGACCGAACCAGAACCAGAACAAUUUUCUCUGCAUUACCGACAUUCUCUUUUUGUCUUCACAACUUUGUUAGUCUCGUGGCAGCCGUGAUGUGAGAAGCUGAAGACCAACAUGACAAAGAGCAGCUCUUCUUUGCCUGCAUGGUCGUCCAUAUCCAUCAUGAGUUGAGGCUUUUAAAUCUUUUCAAAAAGCUCGGUGAGAGGAAGUGAUGUUUGCAGGACGCCAGCGGUGACAAAAGUCCACAGAGGGAAAGCUGGACGCAUCUUUUUGACGUGAUCUUCACAAAGACACCCAUGUCGUCUGAAAACAACUCGCCGCCACUGACACCUUCCUCGCCGUGGAACCUCCCCGCCCUACCUCAGCAUGCGGCCCCGCUCACUCCCUCGCCCAGCCCGCCCUCCGCCCUCUACAGUCAACUGUCCAAUGGCAGCCACGUGGUGCAGAAUCCCACCGUCUCAGCUUCCAUCCAUGGCGUCUCCUUUCUCCUCCAGAUUGGACUCACAAGGGAGUCUGUGACCCUUGACCCCGCCGAUCUCACAUUGUUGGCCAUCAAGGAGCUCGUCUGCUCCAUCGUGGACCAGAAGUUUCCAGAAUGUGGAUUCUUCGGGAUGCAGGACAAGAUCCUGCUCUUCCGCCACGACCUCACCUCAGACAACAUCCUGCAGCGCGUCACCUCAGCUGAGGACAUUCAUGAGGGAGACCUGGUGGAGGUUGUUCUCUCAGCUGUGGUCACGGCCGAGGACUUCCAGAUCCGCCCUCACACGCUUUAUGUGCACUCCUACAAAGCCCCCGCUUUCUGCGACGACUGUGGCGAGAUGCUGUGGGGGCUCGUCCGCCAGGGCCUCAAAUGUGAAGGCUGCGGUCUAAACUACCACAAGCGUUGUGCGUUCAAGAUCCCAAACAACUGCAGUGGCGUGAAGAAGAGACGAGCCUCAAACGUCUCCCUGCCCGGCGCUCCCGCCCCCGUCGUCCGCCCGCCUUCCAUGGAGCUGCCCUCCACGCCGCAGGAUGAGCGCCCCCUCCUGGGCGCUGGUAAGCGUAACUCUCUGCUGAGCGGCCGUCCCAUCUGGAUGGAGAAGAUGGUCUUGAGUCGAGUCAAAGUGCCACACACCUUCUCCGUCCACACGUACACACGACCCACCAUCUGCCAGUACUGCAAGCGGCUCCUCAAGGGUCUCUUCCGCCAAGGCCUGCAGUGCAAAGAUUGCAAGUUCAACUGCCACAAGAGAUGUGCGGUCAAAGUACCGCGCGACUGCCUUGGCGAGGUCGACUUUAACGGAGAGGCGUCCAGUCCCACUCUGGACUCAGACGUCACGAUGGAGGUCGACAACUGCGACGUCGGCAGCGAUGGAGGUCACAGCCUGGAUGAGGACAGAGCGUCCACACCCGAAGACAAAGUGUUCUUCCCAGAGGGACCCUGCACGGACGGUGAUCGGGACGACGAGUCGCCACAAGCCAUCAGCCCGUUGACCAGCAGCUAUAUCCCUCUGAUGCGAGUAGUUCAGUCCAUCAAACACACAAAGAGGAGGAGCUCCACUGUGGUCAAAGAAGGUUGGAUGGUCCACUACAUAAACCAUGACAAUAUGAGGAAAAGACAUUUUUGGCGUUUGGACUUCAAGUGUCUGACACUGUUCCAGAACCACAGUGCAGCAAAGUUCUACAAGGAGAUUCCGCUGUCGGAGAUCCUGCGGGUGGAAGCAGCCCAGGACGUUGGCGGUCUGUCUGAGGGCAGCAACCCUCCCUGCUUCCAGGUGGUCACGUCCAACACGAUCUACUACGUGGGCGAGAAUGAUGGCGGCCCUUUUCGGGAGGCGGGUCAGAGUUGGGAGAAGGCCCUCCAGCAGGCCAUGAUGCCAGUCACGCCAAAGCCCAGCAGCCAGGAGCGGGACCACAAGGAACUCUCCCUCAGCAUAUCUGUUUGUAACUCUCACAUCCAGGAGAACGUGGAUAUCAGCUCCGUCUAUCAGAUAUUUGCAGACGACGUGCUCGGUUCCGGACAAUUUGGGAUUGUCUACGGAGGUAAACACAGGAAGACGGGAAAAGACGUGGCCAUCAAGAUCAUCGACAAGAUGAGGUUUCCCACCAAGCAGGAGAGCCAGCUGCGCAACGAGGUCGCCAUCUUGCAGAACCUCCACCACCCCGGCAUCGUUAACCUGGACUGCAUGUUCGAGACCCCAGAGCAGGUGUUUGUGGUCAUGGAGAAGCUUCACGGCGACAUGUUGGAAAUGAUUCUAUCCAGCGAGAAGAGCCGCUUGCCAGAACGUCUCACCAAGUUCUUGGUCACGCAGAUCUUAGUGGCCCUCAGACAUCUCCACUUCAAGAACAUCGUCCACUGUGACCUGAAGCCAGAGAACGUUCUCCUGGCGUCGGCGGAACCCUUUCCUCAGGUGAAGUUGUGUGACUUCGGCUUCGCUCGCAUCAUCGGGGAAAAGUCCUUCCGCCGCUCCGUGGUGGGAACCCCGGCCUACUUGGCGCCGGAGGUUCUCCGCAGCAAAGGCUACAACCGCUCUCUGGACAUGUGGUCUGUGGGUGUCAUCGUCUACGUCAGUUUGAGCGGAACUUUCCCCUUUAACGAGGACGAGGACAUCAACGACCAGAUCCAGAACGCCGCCUUCAUGUACCCGCCAAAUCCCUGGAAAGAAAUUUCGGAGAAAGCGACGGACCUGAUCAACAAUCUGCUGCAGGUGAAGAUGAGGAAACGCUACAGCGUGGACAAGUCGCUGAGUCACCCAUGGCUGCAGGACUACCACACCUGGCUGGACCUGCGGGAGUUUGAGACACAGCGUGGCGAGCGCUACAUCACGCACGAGAGCGACGAUUGCCGCUGGGAGGAGUACGCUGACGAGCGAGAUCUCUGCUACCCUAAACAAUUCAUCUCCUCCCCCAACCUGGACCACAUGGACGAGGACUCCUAGUGGCUUCUUGGGAAAUCAUCACCAUGGAGACAGCAGAUUGACGGCCAAGCAUUUUUUAUUGAUUCACAAAGUUGUAAAGCUGUUUGUCGGACUCUUCUUCUUCUUCUGUGUUGGCGUGCUGCUAUCAAACCUCUUCAACGUUGAGGAAUUCAAUCAAUCUUCUCCACCUGCUUCAUGACCUUUAACUUUACAAGAAGUGUCAUAAAAGUUCCAUAUGUCCUCAUGAAGUUCCUGUUCUGUUUAUGUUUCCUCAACAGUGUCUGUUAUAGGUUCUGUUUGACCUGAUCAAGAGAAGCUCAUGUCAGUGAAUCCAGCAACAGGAAGCUGAGCCGGGCUCUUUUUCUCCAGCUUGAGCCCGGUGGCCGUCUUGGGUUUGGCAAAGCGGCUAAGGUGCAGCAGGCCAAAGAAGUGGAAGCGCUCGCCCAUCUUGGCGGGGUGGGUCAGCAUGUCAUAGCUGCUGAUCAGUUGCUGCCUGGUGGUCAAGUCGCUGCAGUUCCUCAGCAGAACCUGGACAAAAGCACACCUUCAGCCGUGUUUCCAAGGACCAGUGUCACAAGCGGACUCGCCUGCAUGCGCGUGUCGAUGCCCAUGUUCUUCAGGAACGUCCUUUGACUGACAGGUCCCAGGCAGGCCACGCCUCCUCCCACCACACGGCGCAAGUAGCUGAAGUCCACGUCGGCGGUGAGGUCGGCCGAGCCCGGAGUUGUCAGGACCUGAUGGAGUUGGUGACCUUUAAACCCCUGGUGGGAAGAUGUCAAAAAACAUCACAGCCAAUCAGAGCUCAACGUUCCAAUGUGACAUCAUCUUCCUACUCGGAACGUGUCUGUCUUGGUCCCAUCGUGGCCGUAGUCGCCGAUCAGUGCAGCCCCACCCUCUUCCGCCACCCGACGGGCCAGCAGCUGAAUGAUGACUCCGCCCUCUGCACACACCUCCACAUGAUCCCGCCUUUCAUCCGCCUGACACACACUAACAUGUCAAUAAUAAAACUAGGAGGAAAUGUGUGUAGAAAUUGCCUUUUCAGCUGGAAUAACCGUGCAGUGGGAUUGGUCACAUGACCCAGCAGACACUCACCUGCACCAACGUGGUUGACGCCAACGUGGGCGACGGCGCCACCACAAACCUCAGCUGACCUGGGUUGUCCGGGUCGAUGUCUACCAUCACUUCUCUCCAGCCUCUCUUGGUGCGCUGCCACCAAAGAAGAAGCAUUAGAAACCUGUAGUGCCCCCUGGUGGGAGAACCAGCAAUGGCACUUUUUCUUGCUACCUGAAACUUGUGAAUGGGAAGAGCGUCAAAGAACUCGUGAGCCAGAAAGAUGCUAAAGCCUGAACCGUCAGA